AAUUCUUCAUAAGCUUUAUUUCAGUAUUUAGAAGUUGGUUUAAUGGUGUUUACUUUUUCAUAUCUUCAGAAGCUCGGGUACAAAAUAAAGAAAAACAUCAGCCGCCAUUUUAAUAAACUAUAAAACCUAAGAUAACAUUUGUUAGCCGACAUAUUGGUAACUUUUAUAAAAGUUGAUUAAUAUUAAAGGACAAUUUGACGUCAUUAUUUAAACCUACACUUUAGUUGGAAUAACUUUUAGGUUAGACAAAAAGGUUUAUUUUGGGGUUUUUAAGCCUUCAUUUUAAGACAGGACAGUGGAUAGAGUCAGAAAUCAGAGAGAGAGAGAGGGGGGGGGGGAAAUGACAUGCAGGAGAGGAGCCACAGGUCGGAUUCGAACCUUGGCCGCCCGCUUGGAGGUCCACAGUAGUCAACAUGUAGCGCUCAUAACAAUCACCAGACUACCAGCGCCCCCAGAUGUUUAUUUUUAGAAGUCUGUUUAAAUAAAUAACUUUUAAUAAAUGUAGACUAGGCCUGUUGUACCAUCCAGUGUUUCUAAAUCCCCAAACUAAUCAGAUGUAGUUUAUUUUAUUGUUUGUUUUUUAGACUUUUAAAGGGAAAAUAAUGACGUGUGUUCUUGUUUUACAUUUGAAAUAAGUCUUAAUAUUUGUUUAUCUUCUGUACUGAUUCUCUGCUCAGUCGGCUGUGAGCUUCAUGACUUUAAUCUGCAGCAUUCACUGACCCUGACGGUGCAGGCAGACUUUUAUUUAUUUAUUUAUUUUUCAAAUUAAGCUUUAAUAUAAACACACGUUUUAGUUUUAAAUGUUGUUCUGAACUUGAAAUAAAAACACAGUCAGAUCAGUGUGCUCUAAAAGUUUUAAAGUUGUGAUUUAGGUACAAAAAAAUAUAAUUCAGUCUUAAAGUCCUUCUCUGAGAGCACCGACCUCCAACAGUUUCCUUCUGUAAUGAUAAAGGUGUUUAUUUGUGUGUGUCCGUUAAGGAGGAAAUGGAGAAUCCUAACUCUGCAUUUUCUUUUUCAGCUCAGAGCCGCGCAGAGACCAGAGUCUGAAGAACUCAGUAUGUCUGACUCAGUGAGGGACCGCAGGUUAAAACGCUGGCUUAAUGAGCUCAACCCGACCUCCACCCAACUGAAGAUAGAUGGCGCUGCAGCAGCAGAUGAUGAUAAUGACUCAGCCCACACAUCUGUCAAGCUUGAUGACGACCAAUCGACAUGUCCAUCUGAUCUAUCCCUCCACAGUGAUCGGUCAAAAGGAAAAAUUAUUGAUUUUAAAAAAUUAGAAAAAAGCGACCCAAACAAGUAAGUGUUUUCAACAAUGAAUCCUGACAGUCAUGUUUGUACACACACACACACACACACACACACACACACACUGAGUCUGUUUUGCUGCAUGUUUAAAAAACAAAUACAAUCUCAUGUUGAGUCGAUCAUGUUUGCACUCUGAAAACUUUCAUCUGUCUUUAUUAUUUUCACAACAGGUUUGUUUUUCUGUUUGAACACAUCUGACUCAGAGUGCGAGGUUCCUGUGUAACGUUUUGAUCGGAUUACAGAUCUGAAAAACACAUUUUUAAAAAACAGACUCAGUGUGCAAAGACCUUAAAGAUGAAACAACCCUCAUGGUUGAUGUAAAGCAAACGCCAUGCUCCUGUUUAAAAGAUGUUGAAGUGAUGUUGAGUUUUCAAGUCAAAUGUUUGACUGAAACAUCAACACCUCCUCUCUACUUUGAUCCUUUGUGUCAUUCAUGGAAUAAAGAAACAACACAGUGUUUAAUGUGUUGCUCAGUGUCUGCUUUGCUCUUCAUAUUUCAUUUGUAAUAAAGAAACAUCAUCAGUGUGUCUCUUGUUGCAGGGGUUGGUCAUUGAAAUUUCUGCAGAAACUGAGGAAACUCUUUCCACAUCGUUUUUUUGCCGACCUCCCACCUCAUUUCUUUCUCAGAGAUGACGACCAAUCAUCAUGUUCAUCUGAUCCAUCCCUCCACAGUGAUCACUCAAAUGGAAAAAUAAUUGAUUUUAAAAAAUCUGAAAAAAUGACCCAAUCAAGUAAGUGUUUUCAACAAUGAAUCCUGACAGUCAUGUUUGUACACACACACACUGAGUCUGUUUUGCUGCAUGUUUAAAAAACAAAUACAAUCUCAUGUUGAGUCGAUCAUGUUUGCACUCUGAAAACUUUCAUCUGUCUUUAUUAUUUUCACAACAGGUUUGUUUUUCUGUUUGAACACAUCUGACUCAGAGUGUGAGGUUCCUGUGUAACGUUUUGAUCGGAUUACAGAUCUGAAAAACACAUUUUAAAAAAACACACUCAGUGUGCAAAGACCUUAAAGAUGAAACAACCCCCAUGGUUGAUGUAAAGCAAACGCCAUGCUCCUGUUUAAAAGAUGUUGAAGUGAUGUUGAGUUUUCAAGUCAAAUGUUUGACUGAAACAUCAACACCUCCUCUCUACUUUGAUCCUUUGUGUCAUUCAUGGAAUAAAGAAACAACACAGUGUUUAAUGUGUUGCUCAGUGUCUGCUUUGCUCUUCAUAUUUCAUUUGUAAUAAAGAAACAUCAUCAGUGUGUCUCUUGUUGCAGGGAUCAAGAAUUGAAACGCCUGCAUGAAAUUAGGGAAUUCAAACGUUCUUUGCCCCUUUUUCCACCUACAUCGUGAGUAAAAUGUAUUUACAACAUAUACAGUAUGUAUUCUUUCAGAUGAAGCUAUGAACAUCAUUUAAAUGUUUUUUUCUUCAGAAAGGUAAAUUGAUCUUUGUUGUCAUGUCUCUAUUGUUCAUGAAUGUUUAUUUCAUAUUUUAAUUAUGAAAUUUUGUAAGUUGACAUUUUAAAGCCGGACCGUCUUCUCCUCCAGAGAAAAUUACAUGUUUCUUUAUUAAUGAACAUUUUGGUCAACGACACAAAGUAUAAAUAACAUGUUUCUUUUUUUUACACUUACUUUGAUCAUAUUAAAAAAAUUAGCUGCUUUUGAUUUUAAUGUUUAUUUUGAUGAAGAAUAAUCAUACAAUGCUUAUUACUCCAUGCAGGAGGAAGAAGAGACCAAAUCAGUGAUCUAAAAGUCUGAACUUUUGGAUGACUGGUUGUUUGAAAACCAUGUUGAGUACAAUGAUCUGUAGCUCUUUUUAUGACAGCUUCAUUUGGAUACUUAUGGAUACAAAUUAAUGUAAAUGAUAAGAUUUGUUAGUCAGAGAAGACUGUUGUUUUUUAUUAUUUUAGUCACUUUAAAACUCUAUAAUUAAUAAUACUUCGGUGUUAAAGUGUUUUCUUUGUCAAGGUUCAUACAGUAAAUACAGGAGUUGUAUUACUGAGUUUUAGUCAUUGUGCCAAUUUAACAAUGUGGAAAUACUUUAAGACAAAAUCUGAGAAGAAGCACUAAAGUCUGAGUAACAUCUUUUUAACAGUAUUUCAUUAUGCUGAAAGUACGGUGGCUGGGAAGUGCAAACCAAAAAUACAAAGUGUGAAAUACUUUUGCAAAGCUUGAGACAAAUUUAAACAAAAUUACAAAAGCAACACACUUGAAUCAAAGACCAAACUUAUUUACAUUUUAGAAAACACAUUUAAAAGGUGUCAAACACUUUAGGAGCGAUGAGACAAAUUUACAAACGUCAGAAAGGGGAAUGUACCAAAUGCAGGAAGCAGUCAAUGAAUCCGUUUUCACAUAUACAGUGUUUAAAAUGAUUUCACGAGGACUGCUCCGGAUAUUCUCCUGACCUGGCUGUUCACAUAUGCUCCUCACAGCAGGAGACUAUCAAUGUCAUGGAUUUGUCUAUUUUUCAAGACAUGAAAAAAUGAACUGAGGCAAGCUCUGAGCUCCGUUACCAUGACAAUUACAAAUGUUUGUAUAUGUAUAAUCUCAUAAUAUACAAAGUAUACAUUAUAAAAGGAAUUGUACAAUUAUUUCAGAUUAAGUUUUUUCCAUUGUAUGUAUUUGUUGUUGGGGAGGGGGUCAGGAUGUUUUUUGUCUAAAACUGUGACCACUUGAUUAUCACAGCAAUACUGCUGUACUGUCAUAAAGAAAAAUGUAUGAAUACAGUUAAAAAAAUGAAAGUUAUUUUCGUUUUCUAAUACAAUAAAAUAAAAUCUGUUCGAACAUCAUGCAUAUGGACAAUGGGGUAUUUUAUUUUGAAACGAGAGAACCGGAAGUGGUGUUUUAUUUUGAAGCAGUUAUGACAGUAAGGAGACACAUUUUUGGCCGCCGUUGUUUUGAGAUUCACAUCAUGAGAAAAUAAGUCUUAGGCAUUUUAAGGUGCGCAGUAUCGCCCAGUCAUGGAUUCCGCUUUUGAGAGGCACUGCUUGGAGCUGGUGGCCCGGGAGAGGAGCGGACACACGGCCGUGGUGGAGGACAGCCUGCUGUAUGUGUGGGGGGGAUACAUGUCAGUCGCUGAUGAUGAAGUGUUCCUACCCAAUGAUGAAAUCUGGGCGUACGACCUCGAACAAGGCUCAUGGAAAGUGUUUCACAUGCCAGGGGAAGUCCCUCCCUCCAUGUCUGGGACCUGCAGCUGCUCCCUGGAUGGUCACAUGUACAUAUUUGGAGGCUGCGAUGACUUCGGACAGACCAAUCAGAUCUAUUGUGUCAACCUGACAGACGGCAAAUACACAUGGAGGAAGAUCACGCACCAGGUUGGCUCGGCUCCCUCACCUCGAGACAAACUGUCCUCCUGGGUUUACAAAGGAAGGAUCGUCUACUUUGGAGGAUACGGUCACAAACUGCUGACCGACGUGGACAGCAGGAACAGAAGCUUCAUUGUGGAUGAAGCAUCAUCAGUAGAAGACAUUUUCUGGGGAUGGAACAACGAGGUUCAUAUAUUUGACCCCAUGCAUUCCAGCUGGAGUCAACCGCAGACCCAUGGUCGCGCUCCCGCCCCGAGAGCUGCUCAUGCCAGCGCCACGAUUGGACGCAGAGGGUAUAUCUGUGGAGGCCGAGUCAUGGAGACCAGGACGAACGACAUCCACUGCCUUGACCUUGAAUCGUGGACGUGGUCAGAAAUAGUCCCGCUGUCGAGCGCUCCGGUGGGCAGGUCGUGGCACACGCUCACCGCCGUAUCAGACAACGGCUUGUUCCUGUUUGGCGGUCUCAGCGUGGACUGCAAACCAAUGAGUGACGGCUGGUUGUUUGAUGUGGAAACAAAGACGUGGAGAGAAGUGGAGCAUCCCUUUAAGACGAAGCCGAGGCUGUGGCACUCGGCAUGUCCAGGCAAAGACUCUGAUGUGAUCGUGUUCGGUGGAAGCUGUGACUACAUCCUCCUUGUGGACACUGGUCACUGCAACGAUGCACUUGUCUUCCAGACGCAGCCGUAUCCUCUAUUCAGGAUCUGUGUGGAUUACAUCGCAAAGAGCGCGAGGAACUCAGAGCCCCUCCGACAUCAGCUGCCUCUCCUGCCGCCCAAACUCCUGACGGCAGUCCAGACGAGGACGUGUUUCUACAGGCCGUCGAAGAAGCAGAAAUCGGAGUCACCGUGACGUCUCAAGUUGCCAACAACACAAAACUGUUUUACAUCCUUUUAUUCAAGUACUGUCCUUCCUUCAGUGUGAACAUCUCAGCCACGCUCAGGGCCGGCCUUUUUUUAAAUUCUUCUUAAUCGGUAUUUAUCAUUUUAUGGUGUUACAUUUUGUUGGUUUUACAGACGCUGUGGGUUUCAUGUGUACAGUCUGCCUGCUGGUAUAUUAUGAAGAAAGUUGCUUUAAUGGCUGUGAGGAUUAAACGGCAUGCUGAACACUUUU